UCACAUCCUCUACAUAUAAUUUCAAAAGUUUGUUCCCGUGUUGUAAAUUCACAACGUAUGCUCAUCAGCCCUUAAAACCCGUGUUCAUUUGUUACUUUUCUUUCAGACGUGUUGGCAUUGUUUAGAAUAAUAGAAAGUACUAGAGCGUGAAGGAGAUGGUUAGGUCUAUUCAGACUGCAAUCUGAGAUGUUUAACAGCGAACGAAGCUGAGUGACUAGGGCGAGUGCAUCCAGGCAGGUGCGCGGUACGCAGGCGCGUGCAUCUGCAACCGGGACCUCCGUUGUAUUUCAUUCCCAAGGCAAUUCCAGUUCAAACACCAUUCCUGCCUCUUUGUGGACAUGGCUAGUUUUCUUAUCACGCCCUUUCUGAGCCCCGACACAGUUAAUAUUGCAAACUGCUCUUGGAUAAAAGUUUUUGAUAACGAUGAACGUAAUUAUUAUCAUCAAGGGCUUGUGGUCACAGGUGUCUUAUCAGAAAUCUUUCUACUUUGGUUGAAUUUGACUCUAAUGUGUACUCUGCUGUGGAAAGAUGUGAACUACAGACAUUUCGCACUUUUUACCGGCACGGCGUGUUUGCGCAGGUUGUCAUGGGGGUUGAUUAGUCUACCCACAUUCCGGCAUUUAGACAGAAUUACGAAGUCAAACCUGUUGCCCUGUGUUACGUUCGCGCAGCAUGAUUGCUUUUUCUCAGUUCUGGAGCUCGAAGGACUAACCCACGUGUGCAUUGAUAGAUAUGUGAUGGCUCGCUACGCCGCUAACAAAUGGCGUAUGGAUAAGCCAUUUAGUUAUUUAUACAUGGUCAGUACUUUGAUGUUCGCUUUGGUCUACACAUUCAUACCGAGUUUCCGCUACGGCGGUUCCUUCAACUACGACUUAUCAUGCACCACCUGUGGCGUCAAUAUGUUACUGCCCAAUAACUACCAGCGAUUCAUCGUUUUAACGCUGUUCUUCAUGAGAAGCGUCAAGCCGGUGUUGGUGAUGACGAGUUCUCUAGCCAGGGCUUACUACUUGGACAGUAAUGUAUGCACUGACCCUGAAGCUGAACAACGAAAGAGAUUCACUCGGAACUUGAUAAUAUUAACAGCCGUUACUCUGCUAAGUUGGCUACCGCUCGGCGUCAUUAGGGGAUACGUUAUUUUUGGACAGCUGUUUUAUGAUAAACGAUACAUUAUCGACUCAAUGGCAGGGUUCGGCGAGACAAUAAAUUCUGCAAUGUUCCUUUAUUGGGCCUCACCUGUUUUUAUGGCUAUCACGGCAAUGUUGGUUGACAAAAACAUUCGUUACAAUAUGAUCAAUCUCUUCGCAUCUGCUAAAUUGGCUGCUGAAAUUGCCAACCAAGAGGACGAAAAAACAGAAAAGGAAAGGACAAAUGAAAUUGAAAAACCGAAGGAAAAGAAAUCGCAGUAAAUCAACAUUUAUUGAAUACUUGUAAACUCAAGUUUAUUUAUCGCGCUCACGCUCUGUAGGAGCAAAUAUUAACAAUAUGAAUGUAAAAUUGUGUUUUAUGUAGAAAGCUGACAUAAUUAUUAUUGCAGAAUAAACAUUUGGUAAUGAGAAACCAAAGUUCCAUUUGUCAUCAACGAAUAUAAUGUAACAUUCGUAGAAUGGAACAUUUGAAGAACUGGAAGCGUCUUUGUGACAUACUUAAUUUAUAGUGUUUAGAUGAUCUCAAAAAUGAGACAAAUAGAGAUUUUUGGGUUUUUGUGCCACUUAUAUCCAAAUUGUUUGUAGUGGUAAAAAUGUGGUAGUUUAUAUGGAGGAGAUUUUUUUAGAAAAUCUUGACUAGUUUCCUUCCUCUGAUAAUUUUGCAAUUCUGUAAUAUUCUGAGAGUACUUAUCGUUUGUAAUAUCAAAACAGAUUAAUAGGUAAGUAUAGAAUAAAAGGAUGAAGAAACAUAUGUAGACUUGCAAAAUGAGUGUACGCGACAAGUUAACAUUUUGUACCUAGUUGGGUGUAAUUCUCAACUUACAUAAAAAUACAUGAUAAGCUAUACAUUGUAAUUCUCUCCUCUAUACAAAAUAUCCUACAAAACCAGGAAAGUGCUGUCGAUUGUAUAUUAUGUUAGCAAAUAGAUUAACUAUGACACAUUGAUUUGCUUAUUGCUUCUGUAUUUUAGGGUAUUUUUGUUUGACGUUUCCUUCUAUUUGAGCAUAUUUUAUGCUUCUAAAGGUAAACAGCAAGUCCCGCAGCCCUUGUAUGCCUACAACUUGGCCCUGAAUGGAUCUUUUUUCCCUUUUCGAAGAGCACUAGGUAGUAGUGUCUAGCAUAGCAUGUUGAUUUACUGUAAUAAAAUCCACCACGUAGGAGGUUGUGUCCGCAAUAUCGUAGACAAUUAUCACACAUCUUCCUCUUGACAGGGUAUUUUAUAAACCCAAACAAAUUUUGAAAUUAGAUUUUAAGGUACAAAGUCUGAACGCUGGAUAAAUCAGAUAUUUUUGAUAAUACUGGAGUUUGGCUAAAUUUUAGACGCUUGAAGGUAUACGGUAGUGGGACAGUUGCAACAAACCCUGAAGGAAAAACAUCGACUUUCUAAUUUUCAUCACGUUCUUGUAGUCGUGUCAUAUCAAUGUUACCUAUCUAUUUAUAUGUAAAUUGGUGUUGUAUGAAUGUGAA